UCUUCCCUCCCUCCUGCCUUGGCCAGUCUCCAUGUGCCGGGCUCAGGACCUUGGGAAUGAAUGGCGCCCGGGCUGCGCUCCGUCUUUGAAGCCAGCCAGGAAUGCGAGGCCUCUUUUUUUUCUUCUUUCUCUCGCUCUGUGUUGUUCGCCACUAACGUGAAAUAUUCCCUCCGCUGCUCUCAUUGUGCAUGACGGAGCCGGACGUCAUCGGGCGGCCAAUCGCUGGCUCCCGCUAAGCAGCAGCAGGUCGCAAAGAGAGAGAGGGAGAGAGCGAAGUGGUGGGGGCUUGUCGAGAGAAGGCGCUCUACAAGUCUUUAAUAUCGUGCUCGUCUGGUUGCUUGGCGCCGGUGCUUCUUGGAAGAAACAUGGCGUGAAAGCAGAGGGGAUAUUUUGGAUUUUCAAAGGCCACAUGGCAUUUUUGGGCUUGAGCAAGAGUAUCAGUCAAAGUUUGGGUACUUUUGAGCAGACAAUUCGCCGAGGAUUUGAAUAAGCCAGAAGGAGGUGCGAAAAUGACCUAAUUUACGACCUGGACUCUGCACAACCAGGUGCAAAUGUGUUGGUGGGACUUCCCCCAGUUGAAAGGCAGAUAAAUGCUCCUUCUUGACAUCUUUCCCGUUAUUCCAUGGAUUCCUACAGCUUCCACUUUGAGAGAAUGAGCAACGUGGACCUGCAUCCUCUGAGCCUGCCCGUCAAUCGGCUCUCCCCGGCUAGGUCCAACAGCAGCAUUGUCGAACAAUUUGCCCACCACCAGCACGGCAAAGGAGACUCUGCCUACAGCUCCUUCUCUGGAGGGUCCAACGCUCCGGACUACCCGCCUUCACUUCACUUCCCAGACGACCUGCAGUCUAGUUCUUUCAGCCACUAUGCUGACCUUAAGUAUAUAAAGUCCAUGUAUCAUCCUACCCAGGGUUUGCAGGCUAACGCAAAGACCAUGGACCAGUUAUAUCGUUCUAUGGAGGUGAUCUCGCAGAACUAUCGCAAUAGUACUUACAAGCAGAAUGGAAAUGCUAGUUUUUAUAACAAUGACAAAACAAUGUCAAAGAUGCCUCAUAGGGGUCCAUCCCAAGGGGAUUACACUCCCAUUGGUCCACACCCAAUCCCAUCACGACCAACUAAUUUUACAGCUGCUAAAAACGUAGAAAACGGCAAGGGUCAGCACAAUUCUGACACUCAACAGCUCAGAUCCCAAACUAAUCAUCAUCUAGGGAAUGUCCCCCAAACCGGGAUGGCUAAGCCAGAGACAGUCAACUCUGUCAUCAGUCCCAAAAUGUACUCGGAUCACAGAGCGGUGCCAGCAGUGGAGGUUCAGCAACUCCCAAGCACUCACUCUCACUGUCCCUCUUAUGAACAAAACACGGUCCCCGUGAACCACCCCAAUCUUUUCAUCCAGGACAACAAAGCUCCCUCUCAGCAGCAGAAGUCCAUGAACUUCCCGAAACGAUCACCUCCCAAAGGUACAAGCCAAUCUGAACACUCUAAGUUAUCAAGCGGGGGCAGAAGUACCAGUCAGGAUCACAGUCAUACCGAUGGUGUCAGAAGCGAGUUCGACGAUCUGCGCAAUGGGUUGCAUUCCGCUUACGAUAGGAGCAUUUCAGAGCCAGUCCGUGUUUCCAGUCCUUGGACCGCUGAUCAGACAGGCUUUAUCAACAGCAGCAUCACGCAUAAGGGUCAGUUCUACUUCGUCACAGGAAUGUAUAAGCAAUCCGAAGCCAGAAUGAGAAAACAUUCUGCAUCUGUGAGUGGGUCUGAAGCCGCAAGUGAAUGCUCUACUUUGUCGGAGAGACCAAGAGAGAGAGAAAGAUGUCACAGCACAAUGGAAAAUUUAUUUAUACCCAUAAAACAAGUCCUGGAUGAAAGAGGCAAGGACACCAUCCCAAGAAGUUCAGAUCAAGAGAAUCACAAACCCGCUUCCCUUUCGACACGGUCCUCUCAGAGUUUGGAUUCCUUUGAAGAAAUUGACACCGAGAGUCGAGAGAUUGGGCGCCAUACCACAACCAAUCCGAUAUUUUACUGCGGGCCUGAGAAAAACUCCCCACAUUCGACUUUACAAACAAAGGAUGUAACUUCACUGAACUUCAGUGAGCCAUCUAAGCAGCUGAAGGGAAAAGAGCAAUUAAAGAAGGGUAUAAGACAGCCACUGACAGAUGUAGCCAGUGAUAGGAUAAACAAAGAAACCACCCCUCUUCUCUACCAUCUCACUGAAGCUAACAGAACAACAUUUAAGUCAAAAAUGGAUGCUGAAUUUGUUGUGACUGAUAAAGAAACAACACGAAACGCAACUUGUGUUACUGAUGUGUCUGUAAAGAACGGAAAACCUCCGCAAGGUGACACGACCAAGAACGACACAGGGGUAGUCGAUACUCUUUCUUGUAACACCCUGGAUGACUCCUAUAAAAAGUACUACAAGGAGAAGUUAAAGGACGCCCAAUCUAAAGUCCUGAAGGAGACAUCAUUUAAAAGAAGGGAUCUGCAACUGGCAUCAAGCCAUCGCCCCAGGCCAAAACCUGAACUGAGAUCACCGGUGAUUCACUCGUUCUCCCCAUCACAAGAUUCUGAAACAUCCACAGAUACUAUUACCCCGUCCGUUGUCUCUGAGGAUACAGAGAGAGGGAGCAUAGUGGAAGAGGUGAGGCAGAGUCCUAAGCAGAUGAACACAAUGACGGAAAGAGAAAAUAGGGGCUCCGCAAAUGUGGCCCAGCCUCAGGUGGCGUCUCGAAUCGGGGGCCGAAAGCGAUUGACUCCGGAGCAGAAAAAGAUGUGCUACUCUGAACCUGAGAAGCUCAACCAGCUCGGUGGUGGCCCCAGCCACUCGGCUUGUCGCUCCUUUGGCAAUGAAAGCGACAGCCUGUACGAAAUGGACGGCGACUGGCAGGAUCAUUUGCAACCAAGAGAGCAGGGACUCGUAGCAGCGCGUAGAAAGUUGUUUGAGACGCGGGGUCGUGCCCAAUCAGCCCCUAGCGCUUCAAGAACAAACUUGAAGCACCUGCAACACCAGGCGCUGGUGGAAUACAUGGAACGCAAAACGGGUCAGAAAGUUGCGGAACCGCAGCAACCAGGUCCUCAGGUACUAGUACCUCCCAGACAGAGACACUCUCUGGGAGAAAGACCAUUUGACUGGGUUCCUAGGCCUUUAUCUGCAAGUACCGAGGGCAAUCCUCUAAAAAAGAAACUAAAUAGACCCCAGUCUGCAGGACGCAUCCUUGAUUCCUCCACCAGCUCUGUCAGGUACGCCCAGUUCUUCUCAGCACAACCUUCUCCAGGUCCACCUGCAGGUCAGUCAAACCAAACUAGAUGGAAGGAAAGACAAUAUCGAUCGCAUGGCAUGUAUGCAUCUAUGGAGAGUCUCUUGGACCAACCUGAAGCACCAAUUUUCAGGAACAGAUCCACAUCCACACCACAUCCAUUCCAGGCACUUGGAGUCAAUAAAAAUGUACCAGUUAAUUCCACCGAAACCUGCAGCGUCCAGAAGAGUAUGAGCUCUACGCCAGACGCCCAUCGUCAAAUCCGUGUGGUCGCACAAAGGGGGAAGUCCAUGGAAGAACUUGGGGCAUCCAAGUUAACAAGGCUGUCCACUCUCAGUAAAAGUUCUGAGCAGCUGGAUCAGGCGUGCCGAGAAGUGGGUAACAGUUCACUCUUUGCUGAAGUCAAAGAAGCUCAGGGGAUGGAAAGAGGGUGGAAGAAGUAUGCGUUAAAUCUCGCGAAGAAAGAAACAGACAUUUCUGACCUGAAGGGACCAGCACAAUUCGAUACAGAGAAAAAGUCCAAUCUGAAUCCAGCCUCUGAUCCAGCGCCGGUAGAUGGGGAGGAAAUUGGACUUAAGCCAACGACAGGAAGAAGAAACUUGAGCGGAUCCCACUCCCCGACUUCUUGCUGGUCCUCUAGGGGCAAAAGGAAAUCUUCUGGAUCUCGCAGUCCUCCCACAGAUAAGUUCCUGUCUAGCAAACCUCCCUUGGAGGUAUCUCAUUGCCUUGGAGGCCAAGAGACCAUUGAAAGGGAGGUCAGGUCUACCAUGUUUUCCACUACGCAGAUGAAACAACCAUGUGAAAACAAAAUGGACUCCAGGGGUGUCCACAGUUCUCCCGACCAGUCAGUGGUCGAAGCAAGCAAAGACGUCCAACCCCCUGCCCAUGAAGUGUCCCUAAGCUGUGGCGUGACCACAGAUCCGUCCUUGUGGAUCUUUCCUUCAGAGGAGGAUCAGCCCAAAGAGGACGUGAAGAUGCCAAAAUCUGAUUUUAAUGAGUCUUCCAUCUCCUGUCAGAAAACUGAAGCCUCCGUGUCUACCGGCACAUCCAUUUCUGAUGAGCAGGCUGCAGAGGAGAAAAAACCCAAACGGGUGGACAGUGAUUCCAGAGAUAAUCAGGAGAUCGAGGACAGUGGUAUAACAGAGGUAGAAACUUCAAGUUCGGAGAAUCCUGCCAAGAGGCCGUCAUGGGAGGAGCUGGUUGAGGCCGUGGUCAAGGUAGACCAGUCACUUACCCCCGCGCUCUAUCCGCUAACCAAUCGUAAGACGGCGCUUAUGUUGAUGGAACAACUGCUAUCUGAGGACACGCUGCUGAUGGAGGAGCACUACAAGAAGAAACAGGAGCAGAAAGAAGCUGCAGAAAGUUGUGAAACCAAGUCACCACCGUCACAGGACGGCUUGAAAGCUGCAAGCAGCACACACGAUCCCGCUAGCAAGAAGAGUAUGCUGGUGUGCUACAUCGAGGAGCAUCUGGGCUCGCUGGAGGAGACGCGGGACGCCCUUCAAGUGGAGAUCCAGGACAACGUGGCCCACGGCAAGGCUCUGGAGGCUCUGGUCCGCGAGCGUUGUCUGCCCCUGGAGCUGGAGAGGUACAACCUGUUCAUCGGGGACCUGGAGAGGGUGGUCAACCUGCUUCUGUGCCUCUCCGCCCGGCUGGCCAGGGUGCAGAACGCCCUGAGCACUGUGGAUGAGGAAACGGAUGCUGAGGAGAAGCAAUCUCUGGACAGCCGUCACCGUUUGCUCUGCAAGCAACGAGAGGACGCCAAAGACCUUAAGGACAACCUGGACCGCCGGGAGAGCCUGGUGUCCACCUUCCUGUCACGACAGCUGAGCGCCGAGCAGGUGCGCGACUAUCGGCGUUUCGUGCAGACCAAGGCCUCGCUGCUUAUUCGCCGCAAGGACCUGGAGGAGAAGACCAGGCUCUGCGAGGAGCAGCUGGAGGCCCUCGCCAAAAGCCUCCGCUUCUGACAUUUUGUUAUAGGACGCACCGGUUAAAACUGGUUCUGUUCGCUUAUGUUCAGCCCCCAUGUGCCUUGACUUCACUGACUUGAGUUCAGUUACAGUUCGGUCUUUAGGGGGAGUCUGGGAGUCUCAGAUUAUGGAUGGAUGGCAUCAAACUGAGAAAAAUAUCAACGACGUCAUCAAAAAUCAUCUUAAACUGACCCCUACUGGCCAUUCUGGAAUAUCCUCGGCUAGCAGAAUGUGGCCAGGUCACGUUCGUCCACCCUUUACAGGAAAAAGUUGGACAAAUCCCGGCUUUACCGGGUCGUGUAAAACGGAACCGUUGUUCUCUAAGCUUUAAGCGGCAUAGGAGCGAGUCACGUGUAGCUCAAGGCACUAAAAACCAAAAGAGAGGUAACAAAAAAAGCACUUUGUAAUAAUUCAAUGCACAUUUCAUUUGGAAAUCAAACAGCCUUACUCCAUCCAUUUUUUGUCAAUAAACAAUAUCACUGUUUGAAUUUUAGUUUUAAAGGUACGGUAAAUAUUGUGCUAAUGCGUUGGUAGCAACAACAACAACAAAAUUCAAGUUGUAUACAAUGGUUUUAAUGUUAAAAAAAAAAAAAAAUUGUGGAAAGUGCAACCUCUAAAGUUGAACGUACAACAAUCGAUACAGGAAAAGUUUCGAGGAUAUUCUACAAAACAAUUGCUGUGAAUUGGAAUGAGUUUGUCACGAAUAGACGUCCAAUCCGUUCAUUCGCUGCCAUCCCUCCCACUUCAAACGGAUUGGACGUCUAUGGCGGCCAGUGGCAGCCAAUGCCAUGAUUUCAGGUCAUUUGCCAUUGAUUUUCAGUCGCCUCCUGUUGAUUUGGGGGCAAUUUACAGGUCACUUCGUGUUCAUUUUGGGUUACUAAAAAGGAAGUGAUUCCAGAAUUUGCACAAAAUGAAUUGAAAGUGGCUGAAAAUCAAUGGCAAAUCCCAAAAUUGCCCCCAAAAUCAACAUGAAGUGACUCCAAAUCACCAUGACGUAGCCUGUAAAUGCUCUAAAAUGAACAGGAAGUGACCCAGAGGUAGUGUUGCACCUUUACCAUUUUUUGGCCCCGAUACCGAUACCACUUUGUUUGAAAUUUAUAUAUAUAAUAUGGCGGAAAACAAUCAGGUGACUUGAAGUUCCGCUCUGAGACCCCCAAUUUGGCUAAAUUUCCCAAAAUUGUCCGAUAUGCAUGUGUGAUACAUCACUGGAAAGCUUAAAAUCUCAAUUUUCUGGGGGAAGAAAAAUUUUAAACAGGAGGGCAUUUUUCAAAAAAAAAAAAACAUGUAAACAGCAAAACCCUAUCUGGAGGUGAGAGCACGCGAGAGCAGAAUUACAGACGCCAUGACGGUAACGAGAUAUCGCGUAUUUACCUUGUUUCGAUCCAAAAUUCCAUGUAGCAUGUAUCACAGAGUGUCGAGACACAGCUGUGAAUGGCCACAGCUGGAUUUUGGGGGGAUUUUAUGGGUGAAACAUGGUAAUAUAACACGGGUUGCGAUGCAGAUAUCGCAGGCUUCAAGGAGUGGUCGAGAUUUUCUUUUUCAUUUAUUUACCCUUUUAAACGUUUUUUUUUUUCUUCCAUUUUUCUUUGUUUGGAUCGAUUAUCAGCUAACACCGGCCAGAUGUGGCCCGCCUCCACAUUUGGUCCAGCCCCCUGAACAAUAGCAUUUUGAUUUUUUAUUUUAUUUUAAUAGUGUUAUUUAUUUCCUGGCUUUUUUUCUGUGAAUAACCCAGAAAGGGUUAUUUGGUUAUUAUCUAUUUAAUUAAUAGUAGAGAUGUCCCGAUCGGUCGGCGUCCCGAUCACGUCCUUUUCAAAGUAUCGGAAUUGGCAAAAAAAUAUCGGCCAUGCCUUUUAUUAAUGUAUAUGUAUUUUAAUUGUUUUCUUAUUAUAUGUAAUGUUACAGACAUAAUAUAUUACACUCAUCCAGAAUCUUUAGUUUAGGCUUAGCGUAGGGUUAUCAAAAAUAUCUCAAAAACGGCGGCAAUUAAUUUAUUAAAAAAUGUGUCACGUCUAAAUAUUUGACGCUAUUAAAAUACACGUCGCACGAUUCUCUCACUCAUUGUCGCGCUCAAUCUGUAAUGACACCGUUUUACCUUUAUAGAGAGAUAAAAGGCAGCGCAACAUGAGUAGAGAGAACUUUGGCAGCCUUUGAAGCCUUGCUUCAAUUGACUAAUUCCUCGCAUCCCUCUUCCUAUGAUUAGAAAGAUCAUAGGAAGCAAUGUGGGGAAGCAAGGUGUCAAUAGAUCUUUGUCUUUACACCUUAAGUUAUUACCCAAAGCAGAGAAGAUAUAUCAAUUGGUAGCACUACACACAGUCGUGGUUCCACUUGCCAUCAUGCAUUUGGGCAUGGCUACAGUAUCAUUUACUGAAAGCUCAACAAAUACACUAGAUGGCAAUAUUUAGUCACAAUAUACAAAGUCACAAGUCUUUCUAUCCGUGGAUCCCUCUCACAGAAAGAAUGUUAAUAAUGUAAAUGCCAUCUUGAGGAUUUAUUGUCAUAAUAAACAAAUACAGUACUUAUGUACUGUAUGUUGAAUAUAUAUAUUCGUCACAGUUUUAUUCAUUUUUUUUCUUAACGCAUUGCCAAAAUGUAUAUGAUCGGGAAAAAUUAUCAAGAAUGAUUGGAAUUGAAUCGGGAGCAAAAAAAAGCAAUCGGAUCGGGAAAUAUCGGGAUCGGCAGAUACUCAAACUAAAACGAUCGGAUCGGGAGCAAAAAAACAUGAUCGGAACAACCCUAAAAAUUACUUUAAAAAAUUAUUCACUCGCAUAUUUUAACUUUUAAACAAAUGACGUCACAAUGAAAAAAUUAGCGUCUGUAAAAAUGUAACGGAUAUCUACCUCACAAUUAUCGCUUAAUUGUAUUUUUUUCAUUACUGUCGCAUUUUCCCCAAUAUUUUAGAUGAUAAUUAAUCGAUCCAAACAAAGAAAAUUUAAAAUAAAAAAGUUUAAAAGGGUAAAUAUAUGAAAAUCUCGACCACUCCUUGAUGUCUGCGAUUUCUGCAUCGCGACCCUUGUUAUAUUACCGUGUUUCACCCAUAAAAUCCGGCUCUGGCCAUUCACAGUUCUGUCUUGACACUCACAAAGUAUCGCAGUAUAUCACCAAUUCGAUAUAUUGUCGCACCUCUAUUAUCGAGGCAAUUUUUUGAGCAAACAAAGAGGUCGCGGUCUGCUGUCGAAAGUGAUGGAGAAGCACUGCAUUAAUGAAUGUUCAACUUUUUCAACUUCAGGGGUUGCGCUUACAUCUGCCCUUGGAUACUUGAUACUUGAACUCAAGAUAGACCUUUCACCUUUAGUUACUCACUGAAACAUGUCGUUUUUAAGAUUUUUUUUUUUUUUUUUUAAUGUUUUAACUCCGGACUCCACAGAUGUCGGAGACAUGUUCAACAUGUGUAGUGCGUUUGUGUGAAUGUAGUAAGUUUUGCUGUGUUAGUUUUCUUUCCCCCCCAACAAUACUCAUGUCUAUGUCACGAAUGAAUCCCAAGUGGUCCCUCAGGAAAUAACCUGAAAACACACAUCCGUCGUGUGCCGUGGACUAUUUUGUAUCAUAUAUUUAUGUUUUAAUUCAAGGCUGUGGUUGAACCCACAAAAUGGAUUCCACUGCAACUUUGGCCCACAAACACUCUUCCUUUUUCUUCAAUGAAACUUUGUUGUGACAGACGUUUUUUUCUCCCUCUUAGAGACAUUUUAAUGACACGACAAACAUCCCCUAAUGAGUGAAACGUGCCUGUUCGGAGUUGUAAAUUCCAAUUUGUUUGUUUUAUUGUGAAUAAAUUAUGAACACCCUCCUUUACAUGGAA